UGGAUGAAGUCCGGGUUGUCAGCAUGCCUGCAGGAGUCACCGAGACGCCAACAGAAGUCGCCACCGUGGCUUCCCAGGCCACAUCUGAAGUCGUGCCAGAUCGAAUUGGGGCUCUGGACUUGUCAGCCUUGCCAACUAAAGAUCAGGGUAAGGUCCAGUCCCUUCUUAGGCACAGCUCUGUCUUUUCCUCCCAUGAGGGAGAUCUGGGAUGCACCAACCUGAUCAGCCAUGACAUCCCGCUCUUAGACAAUGUGCCUGUCAGGCAACACUAUAGGCGCAUUCCGCCGUCCGAGUACGAGGUGGUUAAGGAGCAUAUUAACCAACUGCUUGAAAAUCAAAUCAUCAGAGAGAGUAGCAGUCCUUAUGGUUCCCCAAUUGUCCUUGUGAAAAAGAAAGACGGCAGUUUACGCAUGUGCGUGGACUACCGCCAGCUUAACAACAAAACGCGGAAAGAUGCUUUUCCCCUUCCACGCAUCGAGGAAUCUUUGGAUGCCCUGACAGGUGCCCGCUGGUUCUCUACUCUUGACUUGGCCAGCGGGUACAACCAGGUCCCGGUCACAGAAGCAGACAGGCCCAAAACCGCCUUUUGCACCCCGUUCGGCUUAUUCGAAUGGAACCGCAUGCCCUUUGGGCUUUGCAACGCCCCCAGCACUUUCCAGAGGCUGAUGCAGCGAAUGUUCGGUGACCAACAAUGUCAAUCGUUGCUCCUGUAUCUGGAUGACAUCAUAGUCUUCUCUUCCACGGUGGAACAACACCUGGAGCGGCUGGAGAUUGUACUGGGACGGUUGCAGGAGCAAGGCCUGAAGGCUAAGCUAAGCAAAUGCGCGUUCUUCCAGCCGGAGGUGCGGUACUUGGGCCAUGUGGUCUCUGACCAGGGAGUCUCCACCGAUCCCAGCAAGCAAGAGGUAGUUGCCAACUGGCAGCCUCCCACCACCAUCGCUGACCUACGUUCAUUCCUUGGUUUCGCCAGCUAUUACCGCCGCUUUGUGGAGGGGUUUGCCAAGUUGGCGGCCCCUCUACACAAGCUGGUAGCAGAACUAGCUGGUAGGAAGUCUAGGGGUGUGGUGCGAAUAGUGGCGGAGCAUUGGUCGGAUGAGUGCCAUCGCAAUUUUGAAGCGUUGAAGACCAAACUUACCACUGCACCUGUGCUCGCCUACGCCGACUUCUCCUUACCGUUCAUCCUGGAGGUUGAUGCGAGCUAUGGUGGCCUUGGAGCUGUGCUCUCCCAAGAACAGAAUGGGAAGGUCAGACCUAUAGCUUAUGCUAGCAGGGGGUUGAGGCCCACGGAGCGAAAUAUGUCGAACUACAGCUCCAUGAAAUUGGAGUUUUUAGCUCUCAAGUGGGCUAUGUCAGAAAAAUUCCGGGAAUACUUGCUUGGUUAUAAAUGCAUUGUUUACACCGACAAUAAUCCCCUCAGUCACUUGUUUUCUGCCAAACUCGGUGCCACCGAACAGCGUUGGGCAGCACAAUUGGCAGCUUUUGAUUUUGAAAUAAAGUACCGCUCUGGGAGGAGCAAUAAAAAUGCUGACGCUUUAUCUCGGAAGCAUCCACCCGGGCCAAAGAACCUAGAGGUGAUGUUUCCUGGUACCUCAGUCCCUGAGCCCUUGCGGCAGGUCCUGCAGUGUGAAACCACUCCCGCCAAUCAAGCUGCUAUUGCUGCUUUGCCCCAUCAUGCACCUUCUGACCUCCGGGCACUUCAACAAGCUGAUCCUGUCCUUCAGGAGGUUUUAGCAUUCUGGGGGCGGCAGCGGAGUCCCAACUAUCAGGAGCGGAAGCACCUGUCUCCUCCUGCACUGACCAUUAUAGGUCAGUGGAACCGGCUGGUUGAGCAGGAGGGUGUUCUCUUCCGGCGCAUCUUCCGUCCUGAUGGCGCCGAAGCGGUGCUUCAGCUUCUGCUGCCUGCCACGUUAAAGCAAGAGGUGCUGGCGCAGGUUCAUCAAGGGCAUGGGCAUCAGGGUGUGGAGAGGACAUUGGAGCUAGUGCGGCAAAGGUGCUACUGGCCAGGUAUGUCCUCAGAGGUGGCACAGUGGUGCAGAGAUAAGAGGUGUCAAGUUGCUAAGGACACACCCAGACCGCCUCCCAGUUUCAUGGGGCAUUUGUUGGCUUCGCGUCCCAACGAAAUCUUGGCCAUUGAUUUUACCUUGCUGGAACCCAGCCACAACGGGUUGGAGAAUGUCUUAGUCAUGACAGACGUUUUCAGUAAAUACACCUUGGCUGUUCCUACCCGAGAUCAACGAGCCCCAGUUGUUGCUCAGACUUUGGUCUCUGAGUGGUUCUAUAAGUUUGGCGUUCCUGCCCGUAUCCAUUCUGAUCAGGGCCGCAACUUUGAAAGUUCCCUCAUUCAACAGCUCUGUGUACUUUACGGUAUUGAAAAAUCUCGCACCACUCCAUACCAUCCUGCCGGUAACGGCCAAUGCGAACGCUUUAAUCGCACUCUCCACAACUUAUUGCGUGCCUUCCCUGCAUCUCGGAAAAGAGACUGGCACUCUUGCCUGCCACAGGUGCUCUACUCGUAUAACACCACUCCCCAUCAGUCCACCGGCGAGUCUCCAUUCUACCUGAUGUUCGGGCAAGAACCCAGGCUGCCGGUUGAUUUUCUCUUGGGUAGAGUCUCAGACCCUGUGGGUGGCGAGGUCCACGAGUGGAUCCAAGAACAUCAAAACCGGCUCCAGCUUGCCUUUGACGGGGCCCGGGAAAGGUUGAAGGUGGCGGCAGAGCGCAGGAAGAGGAAUCAUGAUAAUCAUGUUCGGGAUGACCCACUAAAGGUGGGGCAGUUGGUGUGGCUGCGCGAUCAUAGUGCAAGGGGGCGCCACAAGAUACAAGAUCUGUGGGGCCCUGUGGUGUACCGAGUCGUAAAGGCACCCCGAGAAGGUGGUCCAGUGUACACCAUCGUACCGAUGGACGACCAGACCAAAGUUCGGCAGGUCCAUCGAACACUGUUAAAAGCCGUUGCUGGAGCUGCCCCUCAGGGUAGUGCAUUGCCCCAUUGUCCAACCCCUCUUGACCGGCCUCGGUCAGAGGAUGAGUUGCCGUUUGACGGAGACUUGUUUAUGUUGAGGCCGGAGACCUCUGUUGCUGCACCUGCUCGCACAGCCGUGGUGACUCAAACCACCCCUCGGUUGCUGCUCCCACCACCUGACUCUGCUGGGUCAGAGUCGUCAAGCGCUCCCUCUACUGCAGUGGCAGAUCCACCCUCCGUCUCCCUGGCCGUUCCCUCCACCAGUUAUGCUGGUGAAAGUGAAGUACGCCGGUCAGCCAGGUCGACGGCUGGCCAGCACCCAAACCUCUAUCACCUUCCGCGACCUGUAGGGAACUUGGCAUCUGGGGCCGCAAAUCCCCCUGGUCCAGUGUCAAUUGCCGUUACUGCGCUCUUUAGGCCGUGGAGUUAG